CGUGAAUUCUCGCCGCGUGGCCGCCCCCCGCCGCAGAUCUACGGGGCGGGGCGCACAGGACAAUCCAAAAAUUUUACUUCGGGCGGCAGAGGGAUUCCUUCCCCUCCCCCGCCCGCGCCGCGUGAGCCGAACCCUCUCCCGCGCUCGCGAUGGACGCCGCCGCAGCCGCCGGGCCCUCCUCUUCCGCCGCCCCAGCCGCAGCCGCCAGGCCCUCCUCCGGCGCCGAGCCUUCCGCGGCGGCGGCCGCCCAGCCGGCGCCGGUGGCUCCGCGCAUGCAGCUUCUCCAGGCGCCCCUGCUGGGCGCCGGCGGCGCCGGCAGCGGGAGCGGGAGCGGCGACGCGCGAGCGUGCCGCCACCACGCGUACAGCCGCAAGCAGAAGUCACUCGGCCUGCUUUGCUCCAAGAUCCCUUCUCGCGGCGGCUUUAGGUUCGUGGCGCUGUACGACCGGGAGGACGUGGAGACGAUUGGGCUGGACGACGCGGCCAAGCAGCUCGGCGUCGAGCGCCGCCGGAUCUACGACAUCGUCAACGUGCUCGAGAGCGUCGGGAUUCUUGUGCGUAGGGCCAAGAAUCGGUACACGUGGCUCGGAUUCGGGGGAGUCCCUGCAGCGCUCAAAGAACUCAAGGAGAGGGCGCUGAGGGAGAUGUCCGGAUCACCAGUGUUCCCUCCAAUGGAGGAGUCAUCCACUGCUAAUCUCUCUGUUGAUGAAGAUGACGAGAAAUUGGAGGAUGCUGAUGAGGACGCCGAGAGCGAGAAGCUCAGCCAGUCUGUUGACAAUACGUCUGACAAGCCUGAUGCACCGGGCUGCCGCCUUAGAUCUGAUCAUCGGAAGGAGAAGUCCCUUGGACUGCUCACUCAGAAUUUUGUCAAGCUCUUCCUCACCAUGGAGGUUGAGACGUUCUCACUGGAUGAAGCUGCUAGGCUUCUCCUAGGAGAGGGACAUGCUGAGAGCAAUAUGAGAACUAAAGUUCGGCGAUUGUAUGACAUUGCCAAUGUACUAUCUUCAUUGAAUCUCAUUGAGAAGACACAGCAAGCUGACACUAGAAAGCCCGCAUUCAGGUGGUUGGGCCAGGCAAAGCGAAAGCAAGAGAACAAUACCAUGAUCGCUCUACCCACAGCCAGACCCAAUAAAAGGGCAUUUGGUACUGAUCUUACAAAUUUUGACAAUAAGUGGGGCCGGUUGGACCCCACAACAGAGGACAAAGCCAAGCUCAUGCAGGGUGCUGGCAACAUAGUGAAGACUUUUGAGAGGCAGCUGGGGCAAGGGAACAGGAGUGACUUUGUUUAUGGGCCCUUCCACCCUGCUGUGGCAAAGAAACAGGAAAGUGAUGAUCACACCGUUAGGCAGAAGGAGAGGAAGACCAUUCAGGACUGGGAAAACCUUGCUGUUUCCUUCCGUCCGCAAUAUCAAAACCAAGCUGUUGACUAUGCUGUCAGUGUUCUUGCAGUUGUCAGAAGAUAUGUGGGAUAAAGCUUUGGUAAGCCUAAUCUAGAUGCCAACAACCCGAUUCAUUUCUCAUUUUAUUUAAAAAUUAAUUCAUUUGGAUAUUGUAUUCAGGAACUAAGGGACAUCACAGCGACUGAGGGAGCAAAGGGAAAGCCUUUACUGCCCCUCCUUGCCGCCCCUAUUGGAAUUCAAUAUGGUCUAUGUAUUAUUUUAACAUAUAUGAAAUUGCUUGCAAAUAGAAAUGAAAGGUUGAAUGCUUAAUUUUGUUGGUGUGGGUUGAAUUUUAGUGCACACAUUUCAUCUUGAAAAAAUAAAGAUUGCUGCCCAGUUCCAUUAUAAGAAUGCUACAGUAUUACCAUUGGUCCACUGAUUUUAUAAGAAUGCUAUGAACAUUAAUUAGAAUCAUUUGAUGUGGCAGUCAGGUAGUGGCGGCGCACCAGACUGCCGACGGCCCCAAAACCAAGCAACAUUAGACGACGAUCACAAGCUUAGCCACUGCAGCGUCAGCAGUCCAUUUGUGUAAUUUUUUCAAAAUAAGGCCUUAUUGAUUCUAAUUAUUUUUCUGGUUCAUUUGCAACUCUUUGAUUGGAUAAAAACAAGCUCCUCAGAAUUGGAAAAUGUGAGCAAGGCCCUUGUAUAUCACUAUUCAA